AUGUUUUAUUCCCAAUCCUACCCUGCUUACCCUCCCACUGGGACCGGAACGAGCUUUAUUCCUCCCCAUCCCGUGUAUUGCCCCCCCAUUCCGCCUCCGCAGUCUCAACCACUGGAUAAGGACUACUAUCAAGGGUUUCACGAUGGCGUGAUACGGCCUUCGGGGUCGAUCUGGGGGAGCGCCGCGAGCUGGAUCGGACCGGUCAUCGUCAAUCUGGGGAUUUUUCUGCUCCCGAUUUGGUAUUUCCGCCGGAUGCAGACCCAGUCGAUGGCCGCCAGUGCUAAAGGGGGAAAAUCCAACAACCCUAUGAGCAGCUUGAUGGACAUGAUGAACCCGAUGAAGUCGAGGAACUUCCGCACAGAGGUGAAAGGGACGACUUUCAAGGAUGUCAUUGGGAUCCCGGAAGCGAAGGAAGAUCUGAAGCAGUACGUCGACUUUCUGAAGGAUCCAAAGAAGUUCACUCGGCUAGGCGCCAAGCUACCAAAGGGGUGUUUACUAACGGGGAAGCCGGGAACCGGGAAGACCUUGCUCGCACGGGCUAUGGCUGGGGAGGCGAACACUCCCUUCUUCAGUUGCUCCGGCGCCGAUUUUAUCGAGAUCUUCGGCGGGAGCGGCCCGAAGCGAGUGCGGGAACUGUUCGAGGAGGCCAAGGCGGCCGCCCCUUGCGUGGUAUUUAUUGACGAAAUCGACGCGAUCGGAUCACGCAGCCAGGGAAAUCGCUCGAUGGGUGGCGGUGGUGGGAGCGAGGAGAACCGAACGAUUAACCAGCUCCUCGCGGAGUUGGAUGGGCUUACGAGCAAGGAGGCAAUCGUUGUCGUAGCCGCGACGAAUUAUCCCGAAGCGAUUGACAAAGCCCUUCUACGCGAGGGUCGGUUUGAUCGAAAAAUCAAUAUCCCGAUGCCCGAUUCCCAGGCCCGCUGCGAGCUUUUCGAGUACUACCUGAGUUCUAUUAUCACAGGGGAUCCCAACUGCAAGCCAAAGAUUCAGGUCUUUAAACCACCUGCUGAGAGCGCGGAGGCCGCCGUGGAGGUCACGCCGCCUUCGGAGAAUAUUUCAACUGAGAUCAAAGUGGUGCCUGGGGUGAGCAAUUCGGAGUACGCCAAGCUCAUGGCGGACCGUACGCCGGGGGUCUCCCCUGCGCAAAUCUCGACCAUCGUUAACGAGGCCGCCCUUAGCGCGGCGAUGCAGGACAUGGACCUUGUCCCUUUGGUGACCCUCCAGGAGAGCAUCGACGACGUUUUGAUCGGGAAAAAGCAUCGACAGCGGAUGAGCGCGUCCUCCCUUCAUCGCACCGCCUUUCACGAGGUCGGGCAUUGCCUUAUUGCUUGGCUCGAUCCUCUUCAAAAGGACGUGAUUAAGCUCUCCAUCAUCCCCCGCGGGCGGGCAGGGGGCUACACCCAGCAGCUCCAAGACGAGGCCAUGGAGCCGCAGACCGAUGUCUCUCUCUUUUCUCAGCUUUGCGUUCUGAUGGGCGGGCGAGCAGCGGAGCGGAUUUUCGAAAAAGACAUCUCAACAGGCGCGAUGGACGACCUCCAGAGAGCCACACGUCUUGCGAUGGAAAAGCUUCUGAAGUAUGGGAUGUCGAAGAGUAUAGGGAAUCUUGCGUUUAAGCCGAACGACAAAAAUGAUGGACGAGCAUGGAUGACGUGGUCGGAAGAGCUCCACGAGAAGGUCGAGACGGAAGCGAGAGAAAUCGUCGCGGCGGCUUAUAAAUUCACGGAAAAGCGUCUUUUAGACAACAAAAAAGCCCAUAUAACGCUUGCAGAGCUUCUUUUGGAUAAAAAGGAACUAAACAAGGAUGAUAUUGAGAGUGUGUUAGGUGCACGUCCUACCGUUCCCAUUCCUUAUCCGAUAGUAUAA